AUGGCAACCAUAACUCAUCAUGAUGAAAGUCUUGUAGAAAGCAAGGAAAUUCUCUACCCGAAUGCGAACAUGAUUGAUAGUGAACCAUUUUACAAAAAUUUUACAGCGAUUCAAAAUAUGCUACAAAAUAAUCGUGACGAAGAAAAACAAUUAAACGAGUCUGUGGACUCAAUGAAUCAUGUCUAUCGAGCUAAUCGUGUUCAAAUCGAAGCUUCUUCAUCUAAUCAAUACUAUUUGAAUGGUCGAAUUGAUACAAGCCAUCAAGACUCAUCUCAAAUCACGGAUGAUACUGGGUGCAACUCUCAAUUAGCAAACCUGAAUUCUUCUCUGAAUAAUGAUAAUAACAGCAGUACUCGAACAAAUACAAUAUCAACACUCGAUGAAACUCAGGAAUCUUCCACGAAGACGCCCUAUUCCUAUAUAGAUAAGCAAUAUUUUUCGAGAUGGUACCAUGAAAAAUAUAAAUGUUCUGCAUCGCUGAAUCAAUUUAAACCGAUAAAAAACAAUGAUGAUGAAGACACAAAGAAAAGCCCAGAUGAGGAUCAAUCAAAUAUUAUUACUCAUGCUAGCGUCCCGAUCAAUUUUGCAUCGAAACAAACCAAUGACGACCAAUUUCGAAAUCAAAUAGGGCAAAUCUAUGGACUUGAUGAUAUUGACACAUUGAGUAUGACAUCAAGUCUACACUCAUCGAUGGAUGAAAUCAACUCUUCUUCCGAACAAAAUCGAUCACGGUCAGUAUUAAAAUCUAUUGAUAAUUUAAACUCGAAACAACACAUCACUAUUCGAGAACAUUAUCCCAGGAAAGAAAUGCCUUCACUUAUGGGCCAUCGGUCAUUAUCAACAGCAUCUAUACGAACAUCUGACGAUAAUGAAUAUGAAAUAUUGCUUCAAAAUCAUCCAGAAUUAAAUAAGGAUCCAAAUCCGCAAAUCAUUAAAAAACAAAAUUCAGAUCAAGUAACUUAUAAGCAAAAUAUUUCUAUUCGUUAUCUUGUUCCACCAACACCACCGCCAACUGGACCAUUGAUCAUUCGAGAGAUUGUUGCUCCACACCCUCGAACACCGCCACCUUUAGUGAUCGAACAACAAGAUCCAGAACCUCUGACACCACCUCCACAAAUUUUCCGAGAAGCUCCACCAACGCCGCCGCCUCAUCAAGAAACUCAAGUAAUAACUAAAGUUCUACCUCAAGAACGCCCAUCACCACAACGAGUUAUUAUCGAACGUAAUCAUCCGUUACCACCAAAACCUCAAUCAAUCAUUAUCGAAAAAUGGCUACCAUACAAACCAGCACCGCAACGAGAAGUUAUUUAUGAACGUGUAUUUGAAACUCCUAUGAUAUCACACUUUCAACCGACGCGAUCAAGUAGUAGCGAUCGGCAACGUUACCGUCCCGCAAAUUCUAAUCUGACAUCAUCAUCAUCAUCUCGUUUACCUGAUUCUGUUUGUAUCGACCGACAAAAUCGUUUUGAAGAAAUCGAACAACAUAAACCAUCAGCUUUCGAACAGCUUGCAUGGUUAACACAACAACAAAUAGAAGAAAUAGAACAACACACUAUGGAAUACAUACAAGCUCAUCAAAAAUGGUUAGCUAAUCAACAACAACCUGUGAAUCAGUGCAUGCAAAUGCCAAUGCAAUUCACAACACCAACUCUCGUUGUCAAUCAUCCGCCAAUUACACGAACAAUACCUGCAUAUCCGCAAAGACAAGAUAUUCCACAGCAACUACUCUAUCAACCAGUAUAUUUGUAUCCUUCGUAUAAAACAGAAUCCUAUUGUAAUUUAGAAUUCUAA